AGACAGUAUUUGGAAUAGACACAGUAGUAGACAGCAACAGGAUACAGGGCCAGGGGACAAGGCCAGAGCACAGGAGAGCAUGGACACACUCUACCAGCAGCAGCAACAGCAACAACAACAACAGCGCCAGCUCCAGUCCUACUACGCACACGCCCAGUUCGACCAAGUCCCUCUCUUCGACUCCACAGAGACACAGGCCUUUGAAAAGUUCCUUGAUGAACUCGUCGUCGAUAACCAGUUCAUCUUCAAUCCACGCAUCCCAACCGGACUCGAUGCAACUCUUCACCUCGCCUCACAUAAACGCGAAGAGGCAGACUUUGAGCGCAUGCGACGCGCACCCCUCGCUUUCAAUACAGACCCUUCCUUCGCAUCCGAUGGGUAUCGCGGGACACACAAGUUUGUGCCGGUUGGAUACGGCCAUACGCACCCGGCUUUUACUGCUCAGAAAUCACCACGUUCGUCUGAUGUAUCGCGCUCAACCUCCAGGUCACACUCCGUCGUUCGGAUGAAUGAGACGGUCUUGCAAGCAACGCCUCUGCAUGAGCAUGUGAAAGUGGAAGGAUCAGAGUAUCCAGGUGGCGUCGCAGGGACCCGUCCGGGUGUGACAUCGCUGCCGCCAGUCAGUCUCUUGGCGCACAACGAGGGUUGGCCAGUUCAACAGUCUCCCGCUCAGCUGGAUGAGCAUCGCGUCGGUCAUCGCAAGUCUCUGUCUAUGCCAGUGAAGCGCGCGACAGCAGACACAGAUGGGCCACCCCUGACACCAAGCACAACGAGCGUCGUCGCUGUGGCAAAACGACCACGCAGCACAAGCCAAAGCACAGCAAAACGUGUGGCUCCUGCAACGUCCGAUAGCGAACAAGUGGGUUCAGCUUCGAAAAAGACCCUGACUGCUGCACAGAAACGGCAAAACCACAUCACCUCUGAGCAAAAACGUCGUAAUCUCAUCAAAGAAGGCUUUGAAACGCUCUCUCAACAACUGCCUACCCUCAAGGGCCAUGGAGAGAGUAAACAUUACAUCUUGACGGAAGCGAUCGCGCAUAUCAAGCGUCUACAAGCAAGACGCGAUCAGUUGAGAGUGUGUCUGCAAGAAUUGGACACGAUGCAGUAAUGGAGAUGACAGACCGUACAUUUGAGACCAGCAUUAUUUAGCGUCCGGCGAUAUCUUUCGUAGCCAAUUUUCCUUGAUACUUGCAUUAC